GCCAGGGCCGGGCAAGAUGGCGGAGGGCGACAACAACAGCGUGUACCAGCUGGCUGCAGAAACUGCUAGCUUGGAGGAGCAGUUGCAGGGAUGGGGAGAAGUGAUUUUGAUAACGGACAAAGUUCUUCGCUGGGAGAGAGCCUGGUUUCCUCUGGCACUGAUGAGUGUUGUUUCCUUUUCUUUUCUGAUGAUCUACUACUUGGACCCAUCAGUUCUUUCAGGUGUUUCCUGUUUCGUUAUGUUCCUCUGUUUGGCUGAUUACCUUGUUCCUGCUCUUGCACCUAGAAUCUUUGGCUCGAACAAAUGGACUACAGAACAGCAGCAAAGAUUUCAUGAGAUUUGUGGCAAUUUGGUGAAAUCUCGUCGCCGACUUGUUGGCUGGUGGAAGCGCCUCUUCACGCUGAAGGAAGAGAAGCCUAAAAUGUACUUCAUGACGAUGCUUUUUUCUCUUGCUGUGGUUGCCUGGAUUGGACAGCAAGUUCACAAUCUGUUUCUGACCUAUCUCAUUGUGAGUUUCUUGUUGCUGUUUCCUGGACUAAACCAGCAUGGGAUCAUUACAAAGUAUGUUGGAAUGGCGAAAAGGGAGAUAAACAAACUUCUCAAGCACAAGGAAAAGAAAAAUGAAUGAAGACUUAACUACUCUUCACUCUUGUGAAAGGUUUCCUUGGGAACAGUUCUGAGAAUUAACAUAUAAUUAAUAGAAGUUGUGUUGCUCACUGGCUUUUUUUAAUUGGCUCCCUGAGGAAGUGAACGUGUCACUCUAGCAACUGCUACGGGUGGGUUUGUCUCUCUUGCUGUGCUGACUGGGGUUCUGCAGCUGAUCCUGUAUGAAAGAUCCUGUCCUUUGAUGUGCAGAGCUUAAGUUUCUUCACCAAACUAAGAAGCCCU